UGAAUAUCGUACACAAUUAUUUGUCCUGCAGAUAUAACAAGUUGUAUAAAUAACAAAUUCUUAAUAAUUCGGUAGAAAUGUAUGGAAUUAAAAGUUUUCUUUUUGGUUUAAUGGUCAUGAGUAUGGUUGAUUUUUCAGGAUGCCAAGCGCCUGAUGACGUUUGUGCCGAUGUGCAGAAAAUCAAAGAUGCUUUCAAGAGGUCAAACUGCAAGCUUACUCAAGAAAUCAUUCAAAUUACAAACGCCUCGUGCACAACUGUUAACAAUUUGCUGCAUUGCGUUGCUGAAUCCAUUUAUGGCUACGGAGAGCGAGAACAUAGAGAACCUUGUGUUCUGCACAUGCGCACUGCCAUCCAGGACACAGACUCAAUGUUUCCAGCUUUUCAUUUUACAUGGAGAUCCUGCAGCAAGUUAUGGUGUGAACUCGGAGUCGCAUACACAGAUGCUCAAUCCAAGUGUAUCUUUUGGAGCCUUGGGGGGCCUGCAGCUAUAGGAAUUGGCGGAGUUCUAGCACUUAUAAGCCUUGUUACGUUUGGUCUGCCAGCUCUAGGUUUUACGGCUGCGGGAAUAAUGGCUAAAUCCAUUGCCGCCUCCCUAAUGGCCUGGUGGGGCGGUGCAGUACCUGCAGGAGGCAUCAUCGCCACCCUGCAGUCUAUUGCAGUGUUAGGAAUCGGCUACAAGGCAAUUUUGCUCACGUUGUUUUCAGCAGCUUCUAUUUCAAGAGCUGUGAUGGAUUGUGAUUGCUGUAAUAAAUAGUCAAUUGAUAUAAAAAACUAUUUAAUUAUACUGGUUUUGUGUCUAUACUCUAUAGCAUAAAUGAAGUUUCUUCUCCAAAAUGCGUAUUUAAUCUUAUUCAAACUUUUAAAUUUAAUACAAGAUAAUUAUUGAGUGAUCAACUUAAAGCUGCACUCUCAGACAUUAAACGUUUUGACAUUUUUUUUAUUUUUUGUCUUGGAACGAGCCAAUUUUUCGCGAAACUGCAUGGACAUAAGUAACAUAAGACUGCUGAAAAAAAAUUAGUUCGCAGAUUUUAAUAUCUAAGUUCAAAAAUUAAUGUUUUAUCUUUAACCGGAAAUAACGUUUAUUAUUAUUAUUAAUUUCAUUAUUAUUAUUAUAAUCAACACUACUACUACCACCUCUACCGUGUUGUUUUCUGAAAGGCUUCGUCUCAAUACAUACUUUACAAAAUAUUCAAUAUACAUGUAUGUAAUUUUUUACUUUGUAUUAUCUUGGUCUCCAAAUAAAAUGUACGAACCUCAUAAGGAGCGUUAACAGUGAUAAAAAUGCCCGGCUUACAUGAACGAUGGUCAGAAUGCCUCUUCGACCACGAAACCGCAGUUGAGGCGGAUCUUUUUAAUGUUUUUUGCGGUACGAUAAAUGAGGUUUCAGACUGAUGAACCAACUUGCCAUUUGCCCAAUUGAAUUUGUUUUUGAACCUGUUACGCACUAAGGCCAAAAACUUUAGUUUCUCAGUUCUCACUUAAUUAAAAAAUUGGGAGGGAGCGCCCAAUUUGUUUUAUUUGCCUUUUUCAUUUUUAUUCUAUUUUGAUUUUAACACAAUGAUACAAACAGGGUUUCUCACAAUUUAUUGUAUUCUAAUGACUCAUUUGCAGUAUAAAUAGAGUGUCAAACGUGCAUUUUAACUUGUAAAUGAUUGUUAAUAUUUUAUUUUAGUUAUAUAAUACUGCCUUAAUAAACCACAACUACCAUUAUUCUAAACUCUAAUGUUUUUACACCUUUAGACUAAUUAUUUUAGACCUAUGUUACACAACAUUAUGGUUAAAUCAUAAAUGGUGAAUGUUGACAUAUUAUACUUAACUUUAACGAAUUGUCUGUUCUGUUCUGCACAAGUCUACAAUAAAGAAUGGAAUUCAAAAAUAUUAAUUCAUAUUUCUCUAUCUGUACUAUAUUAUGUGAAAAAUGAAAAAAAGUAAGAAUGCCUUUUCU